GCUGAUAGCAGACGCCCCCUAACAGUGACAAGCAAUUUAUGGGGUCAGUACUACUGAUGGAAUUAAAAUUAAGUAUCUGGGGCUAGCAAGAAUGUCCAGCAGGAAACUCUGAUCUCUUUUUAACUCCUUAAAAAAAAAAAAAGAUUUAUUUAUUUUAUGUAUGUGAGAACACUGUAGCUGUCUUCAGACACACCAGAAGAGGGCAUCAGAUCCCAUUACAGAUGGUUGUGAGCCACCAUGUGCUUGCUGGGAAUUGAACUCAGGACCUCUGGAAGAGCAGUCAGUGCUCUUAACCACUGAGCCAUCUCUUCAGCGCCACAUUCUUUCUUUUCCCUGGCAAUUCAUACCUUCUUAGGUUAAAGUUCGUUAUAAAAUUACUUCACAGAUAAAAUGUUACAUAAAAGGAGUUACAGAAGGAUGUUGAUAGUAGGUUCAAAAUAGUAUUUCAUUCUAUAAGCACAUUAUAAAUUCAAAGUAACAGUUUCACUUGGCCUUGCUUUCUCACAGUCAAUCCCUAUGGCUUCAUUCUUCGGCCUGACCUGGAAGGAAUGUUUUUGAUCACAAAUUUGUUUCAAGCUUGCUUUCUUAUUCUAGUGCAAUUAGCCCAUGACACAUGGAGGUUUGCAGAGCCCUAGUUGCAGCUCUGUUCUACACAGACGGGAUUGCUUGUAUAUUUAGGAAUCCUAUAAAAUCAUUGGAUUUAUGAAAUCAUCAAUUUAUCUAUGCAGCAUUACUGUAUGAAAUUUGCUCAAUAGGGUGAACUAAUGCCCAGGAAUCAUUAGGCUAUGUAAUCGUGACAGCAAAGGCAUGUCGGCAGCAAGCAGCAGUUCUGGGAUUGAGUUUCUGGUGACCUUGCAACACAGAGCUCACCCACUGAAGGCCAUGUAAAAUGGUGGGCUAUCUCCAGAAAACUCACUUGCAUGCCUUAGUCUUUCCUAGAUCGCUUCUGACAACAUUGUUCAUUAGGAAUCUAUGGACCGGACAGAUAUAAGUGACUUCACCUAAAGUUAGUCAUCUAAGUACUAACUACUGCAUGCUACGAAAGUUUAUACUUCUCCAUCUCUGUUCAUCAUUGAAGGAAGUCAGAACAGGAACCUGUAGGCAGGAGCUGAUGCAGAGGCCGUGGAGGUUUGCUCCCCAUGAUGUGUUCAGCCUGCUUUCUUUUCUUUUCUUCAUUAAUUUAUUCACUUUACAUCCUGAUGUCGACCCCCAUCCCUCCUGUCCUCCCAGUACCACCCUUACAAAUCCCUCCCCCACCACUCCCUCCUCUUCUUCUCAGAGAAGGGGAAAACCCCCUUGGGUACCACCCCACCCUGGGACAUCAAGUAGUAGCGGACUAAGUGCAUCUCCCGCACCGAGGCCCAAUCAGGCAGUCCGGUUAGGGGAAGGGAUCCAAUGGCAGGCAACAGAGUCAGAGACAGUCUCUCCUCCAGUUGUUAGAGGAGCCACAUGAAGACUAAGCUACACAUGCUACACAUGUGCCUAGGUCCAGCCCCUGAAUGCUCCGUUUCCUCUCCGUGAGCCCCCAUGGGCCCAGGUUAGUUGACUCUGUAGAUCUUGUGGUGUCUUUGUCCCUUUCACACUAGCUCAAUUCUAUCUCCCACUGUUCCAACCCAGGACCACCAGCCCAGGGAUGGUACCACCCAUAACAGGGCUGGGCCCUCCCCCAUUAAUCACUAAGAACAUGCCCUAUAGCAGUGGUUCUCAGCCUUCCUAAUGGUGCAACCCUUUAAUAAUAUUCUCAUGUUGUGGUGACCCCCAACCAUAAAAUUAUUUUUGUUGCUACUUCAAGACUGUAAUUUUGCUACCGUUACAAAUUAUAAUGUAAGUAUCUGUGCUUUCUGAUGGUCUUGGGAGAUGAUCCCUGUGAGAGAGUCAUUUGACCCCCAAAAGUUCACAGCCCACAGGCUUGCCUAUGGCCAGAUCUAUGGAGGCAGUUUCUCGAUUGAAUAUCCCUCCUCUCUGAUGACUCUAGGUUGUACCAAGUUGACAUAAAACUAGCCAGCACAUUUUCCUUUGAAAUUAAUUUUUCACUCUCUCAUCCUAAAAUCGUUCCUGACCUGUACCACAAUAGAUGUAUUUUUCCUAUUUUUUUUUACCUCAAAUGAUUGAAACAAUUACAUUUCACAUAAAAUAUUUCAUUGUAUAUGGCUGUUUUUCAUUACCAAGUUUUUGAGAUCCAUGCUUAAAGACACAUCAGAGCUGGUUCUUCUUCACGGCUGGUUAGUGUUGAACAACUAUGUAAGAACAUGCUUAUCCUACCUUGUGUAAGACAGGAUCUCCCUAUGUAGCCCUGACUGGCCUAGAACUUGAAAUGGAGAGUCAAGCUCACAGAGAUCUGCCUGUCUCUGCCUUCCAGGUACUGGAAUUAAAGUUAUGUGCCACCAAGCCAAGCAUCUUACCUUGUUUUAAAGAAACGUUCUUUAACUCACAAAGUAUUAUAUAUUUAUUAUAAAAAUUAUAGAAUCCAAGUGAUGGAAAAGGAGUAAACAUCCAUUUUGCUCUCCAGUUAUAACCAUCAUUAUUAACUUGUAUAUCCCUAUAGAGCCUUUGCUCAUAUUGAGCUGCCCAUCUUGUAUGCAUAUCAUGCAAGUUACAAGCAUUUCUCUUCAGUUUCAAGCUUUAUGGCUUAGAUCUAAGUAGAACUUGAUAUGUUAAACUGACACAGCUUUUGAAUUUUCCUGUGGCAUCUUUUUUAAAUUUAAAGGUUAGGGCUAGAGAGGUGACUCAACUAAGAGUACUUGUUGGGUUUGCAGAGGACCUGGGUUGACCCUCCCAGCACCCUUAUGGUGGCUCAUAACCCUUUGCAACUGUUGUUCUGGGAAACCAACUCCCUUUUCUGAACUCCUGGGGCAGCCGGCACACUUGUAGUGCACAUUCAUACACGCAGGCAAAACAUUCAUUUGCAAUAUUUUAAAUGUAAACAAUUUUUCAAAAAUUCAAUGAAAUAAAAAUUAAAGGUAAUACCUGAGUAUUUAUUGGCCCAAGUUCAAAUGGUUCCCGGUAUAAAGAAUAAAAUGUCUUCAUCUAGUUCCUUCCACUCCAUUUUGUUUCCUCCCUUAAAGGAACUACUGUUAACUACAAAUUGUGAUGAAGAUGAUGACAAGGGUCCUAACAUGUUAAGCUUCUUGUGGUGUUUCUUCUAAGUUUUAUUUAAGCUUCAAGCUUUGUUAUCUACACAGCACAAUCUUUUCACUCUGAUCGAGUUAUUUUAAACAUCAAAGAUCAUGGGAGGGCAGGUUCUGCUAUGAUAGAUCACAUGAUAGAUCAUAUUUUUCAGUGUCAUUCCGGAGUAUUUUGUGUAGGAGGGAGUAGAGUGCUCUCUGCCUGUCCAUCGGUCAGAGUGAGUUCAGAAACUCUGCUUUAAUAGAUUUUUGUAGAUUUCAAAGACUGAUGCUCAGUUUCUUUUCACUUUCAAGCUCACAUAACUUAAGGAUUAAAAAAAAACGUAGCUGCUUUUACUUGUAAUCCCAUUUUAUGGUCUUUAAAUGAAAUUAUAUAUACAAAGCUAGUUGCAUACAACGCUACAGGAUUUUGUUUAGGCGAUGAGAACAAUUGCGAUAGCCCCAGCCCCACAAUUUUUUAAUCUAAAAGUCAUUAGUUAGGGACCCAAGUGUCUGCUGUGGAGGACAAGGGGUUGUUGGGGGCACUGUUCUUCCUCUGAUAUUCUCUCUAAAGCCGGAAGGUGAAUUUCUUACUGGCAGCAGUUUGUGAUACCUGCAUGUCAUCCAGUUCCUGCUCCCGGCUCUCCUCUUAUACGCAUGAAGCUCUAUAAGAAAGAGUUGGGAGACUUAACUACAGUAGUAAAACCAGGUACUAACUAUGCCAGUGAAUUUCCAGCCCUAAUUCUGAAGUACUUGAAUUGAAAACGCUUUCCAAGAAGUGUCUGUCUCCCGUCUACCAGAACCUGAAAGAGAAUUUGUGAUAAUCUCCUCUCAGGAGGCCUGAAGCUUGACAAAGCCCAUUCUCUUGUUAUCUUUAAAAUCUUGAUCAUCAGAUGUAGUCACGUGGUGUUUGCUGAACUCUCAGGUUCCUGCGUUGUACACUGUCCAUUCACCACUCACCACUUCACAAAAGGACGAAACAUCUAGGCCUGCUAUCCACACGUCACCCGGCAUUGAUAGAAACACUAGUCUCUUAUAUCAAUCCGGUAGUAGGUAAGGUCCAACUUUAACUUGGCCUCGCAAACUCUGUCAACCAGUCUCUUCUUUAUCAGGCUUUCCCUAACCAUCUCUGCAGCCUGGGGCCUUCUGAUCCCAGAGUCAGACAGUUAGGAGAGGAGGUGGGGCAGCAGCAGAAGGCGGUGGCGCAGCGGUACCUAGUGGCACCGCCAAGCCACAUCCAGUGUACGUGGCAUUGGCGUUGACAGACAGGGAGGGGACUGGGCUUUCUCCUCCCUGGGUGGAGCCUCAAGGCAUCCAGAAGAGGAGGGAGAUUCCAUGAAAGGAUCAGGGUGUGUAUUUGAUCUUAUCAGAGUAAAGCAGACAGGCGUGUCGAUCCUAUAUAAUCUCACUUUCCAUUCUCCACUCCGAGCAAAGUCCGAUUUACCGGGCUAGCCGGAGAGACUGGAUUGAGGGCCAGGCAAAGUACUCGCCAGCCCGCAUGCGCGGAGCCACAGCGAUCGGACUACAACUCCCAGACGAGUCUUGGGGAGACCGCCUACACCGGCGCCAUCUUGAAAUCUGAUGCUUCAUCUCCCGGGCUUUGCGUCAGCUCUGAGCCGACACUACUGUCCCGGAGCCCAGCUUGCCCGCCCGGGAGGACGUAGAGGACAAGGCGGCCCGCGGGAGAGACAGCUGUGGGGGCCCUGGCAGCAACCUCGCGCUGCUUGUGCUCUGUCACUCAGCAUCCCCGUCCGUGCUGCGCCCGCGCCCGCCCCCUGCCCGAGGGGCGGGGCUGGUUUGUGGUACCCAGAGCCUGCGCACGCUGAGGUGUGCCCCAGCCAAGUGAGGACCUGGGACUGGGCCAUGCCAGCCCCAGACCAUCAAGGUGGGAAGAGGACCGCAUCCCAGAGCCAGUGAGCAACCCGCAGCUGUGGCCGCUACAAAGAAGUCCCGCACCCUCCAGGAGUGAAAAUGAAAGAGAUUUGCAGGAUCUGUGCCCGCGAGCUGUGUGGAAACCAGCGGCGUUGGAUCUUCCACACCGCGUCCAAGCUCAACCUCCAGGUUCUGCUUUCGCACGUCCUAGGCAAAGAUGUCACUCGUGAUGGCAAAGCCGAGUUUGCUUGCAGCAAAUGUGCUUUCAUGCUCGAUCGCAUCUAUCGAUUCGAUACUGUCAUUGCCAGGAUCGAAGCCCUUUCUCUUGAGCGCUUGCAGAAGCUGCUCCUGGAAAAGGAUCGCCUCAAGUUCUGCAUUGCCAGUAUGUAUCGGAAGAAUAAUGAUGACUCUGGCGAGGAGAACAAGGCGGGGAGUGGGACGGUAGACAUUUCCGGCUUGCCAGAUAUGAGGUACGCUGCACUGCUCCAAGAAGACUUUGCCUAUUCAGGGUUUGAGUGCUGGGUAGAAAAUGAAGAUCAGAUUAACGACUCACAUAGCUGUCAUGCUUCCGAAGGGCCUGGAAACCGACCCAGGAGAUGCCGUGGUUGUGCAGCUUUGCGGGUUGCAGAUUCCGACUACGAAGCCAUUUGUAAGGUGCCUCGAAAAGUGGCCAGAAGUAUUUCUUAUGCCCCCUCUAGCAGGUGGUCUACCAGCAUUUGCACUGAAGAACCGGCAUUGUCAGAGGUUGGGCCACCAGAUUUACCAAGCACAAAAGCACCCCUGGAUGGUGAAAGCAUGGAGGAAGGGACACCAGGUUCCUCUGUGGAAUCUCUGGAUGCUAGUGUCCAGGCUAGUCCUCCACAACAGAAAGAUGAGGAAACGGAGAGAAGUUCGAAAGAACUUGUAAAGUGUGACUACUAUUCUGAGGAACAGACUCCACAGCUUUUGUGUAACCACAAACUGGAGCUGGCUCUUAGCAUGAUUAAAGGUCUUGACUAUAAGCCCAUUCAGAGUCCCAGAGGGAGCAAGCUCCCGCUUCCAGUGAAAUCCAUCCUACCUGGAGCCAAGCCUGGCCAUAUGACAAAUGGAGUUAGUUCCAGUUUCCUUAACAGGCCUUUGAAACCCCUUUACAGGACACCCGUGAGUUAUCCUUGGGAGAUUUCAGACCUACCGGAGCUUUGGGAUGACCUCUGUGAUGAGUAUUUGCCGAUCGGGUUCCAGCCCAUGCCUAAAGGGUUACCCACGCAACAAAAGCCAGACCUAAAUGAGACCCCUACAACCCAGCCAUCUGUGUCUGAUUCCCACCUGGCAGAACUCCAGGACAAAAUCCAGCAAACAGAGGUCACCAACAAGAUUCUUCAAGAGAAACUGAAUGACAUGAGCUGUGAGCUCAGAUCUGCACAGGAGUCGUCUCAGAAGCAAGAUACGACAAUCCAAAGCCUCAAGGAAAUGCUAAAGAGCAGGGAAAGUGAGACUGAGGAGCUGUACCAGGUGAUUGAAGGUCAAAAUGACACAAUGGCAAAGCUUCGGGAAAUGCUACACCAGAGCCAGCUCGGACAGCUCCAGAGCUCAGAGGGCAUUGCCCCUGCUCAGCAGCAAGUGGCCCUGCUUGACCUUCAGAGUGCUCUGUUCUGCAGCCAGCUUGAAAUCCAGAAGCUCCAGAGGCUGUUACGCCAGAAAGAGCGUCAGCUGGCUGACGGCAAGCGGUGCAUGCAAUUUGUGGAGGCUGCAGCACAGGAGAGAGAGCAGCAGAAGGAAGCUGCUUGGAAACAUAACCAGGAAUUACGAAAAGCUUUGCAACACCUCCAAGGAGAACUGCACAGUAAGAGCCAACAGCUCCACGUUCUGGAGGCAGAAAAAUAUAAUGAAAUUCGAACCCAGGGACAAAACAUUCAACACCUAAGUCACAGUCUGAGUCACAAAGAGCAGCUAAUUCAGGAACUUCAGGAGCUCCUACAGUAUCGGGAUACCACAGACAAAACUCUAGACACAAAUGAGGUGUUUCUUGAGAAACUACGGCAACGAAUACAAGACCGGGCAGUUGCUCUAGAGCGGGUUAUAGAUGAAAAGUUCUCUGCUCUAGAAGAAAAGGACAAGGAACUGCGGCAGCUCCGGCUUGCUGUGAGGGACCGAGACCAUGACUUAGAGAGACUGCGUUGUGUCCUGUCUGCCAAUGAAGCUACCAUGCAAAGUAUGGAGAGUCUCCUGAGGGCCAGAGGCCUGGAAGUGGAGCAGUUAACUGCCACCUGCCAAAACCUCCAGUGGCUGAAGGAAGAAUUGGAAACCAAGUUUGGCCACUGGCAGAAGGAACAGGAGAGCAUCAUUCAGCAGUUACAGACAUCUCUGCAUGACAGGAACAAAGAAGUAGAGGAUCUCAGCGCAACUUUGCUCCACAAACUUGGACCCGGCCAGAGUGAAGUAGCUGAGGAGCUGUGCCAGCGCCUGCAGCGGAAGGAAAGGGUGCUGCAGGACCUUCUGAGUGAUCGGAACAAACAAGCCAUGGAGCACGAGAUGGAGGUCCAGGGACUGCUCCAGUCGAUGGGCACCCGGGAACAGGAAAGACAGGCUGUUGCAGAAAAAAUGGUACAAGCCUUCAUGGAAAGAAACUCGGAAUUACAGGCCCUGCGGCAGUAUCUAGGGGGGAAGGAAUUAAUGGCAGCAUCUCAGGCAUUCAUCUCUAACCAACCAGCUGGAGCGACUUCUGUAGGCCCCCACCAUGGAGAGCAAACUGACCAAGGUUCUACGCAGAUGCCCUCUCGAGACGACAGCACCUCGCUGACUGCCAGAGAGGAGGCCAGCAUACCCCGGUCUACAUUAGGAGACUCAGACACAGUUGCAGGGCUGGAGAAAGAACUGAGCAAUGCCAAGGAGGAGCUUGAGCUCAUGGCCAAAAAAGAAAGAGAAAGCCAGAUAGAAUUGUCUGCCCUGCAGUCCAUGAUGGCUGUGCAAGAGGAAGAGCUGCAGGUGCAGGCUGCUGACUUGGAGUCCCUGACCAGGAACAUACAGAUAAAAGAAGACCUCAUAAAGGACCUGCAAAUGCAACUGGUUGACCCUGAAGAUAUGCCAGCCAUGGAGCGCCUGACCCAAGAGGUCUUACUUCUUCGGGAAAAAGUUGCUUCAGUGGAACCCCAGGGUCAGGAAGGGUCAGAGAACAGGAGACAACAGUUGCUGCUGAUGUUAGAAGGACUAGUGGAUGAACGGAGUCGGCUCAACGAGGCCCUGCAAGCUGAGCGGCAGCUCUACAGCAGCCUGGUCAAGUUCCAUGCCCAACCAGAGACCUCUGAGAGAGACCGAACUCUGCAGGUGGAACUGGAAGGGGCCCAGGUGUUACGCAGUCGACUAGAAGAAGUUCUUGGAAGAAGCCUGGAGCGCUUAAGCAGGCUGGAGACCCUGGCUGCCAUUGGAGGUGCUACUGCAGGCGAUGAGACUGAAGAUACAAGCACACAGUUCACAGACAGCAUUGAGGAGGAGGCUGCACACAACAGCCACCAGCAACUCAUCAAGGUGUCUUUGGAGAAAAGCCUGACCACCAUGGAGACCCAGAACACAUGUCUUCAGCCCCCUUCCCCAGUAGGAGAGGAUGGUAACAGGCAUCUUCAGGAGGAAAUGCUCCACCUGAGGGCUGAAAUCCACCAGCACUUAGAGGAGAAGAGAAAAGCUGAGGCAGAACUCAAGGAGCUAAAGGCUCAAAUUGAGGAAGCAGGAUUCUCCUCUGUGUCCCACAUCAGGAACACCAUGCUGAGCCUUUGCCUUGAGAAUGCAGAGCUGAAAGAGCAGAUGGGAGAAGCAAUGUCUGAUGGAUGGGAGGUGGAGGAAGACAAGGAGAAGGGCGAGGUGAUGGUGGAGACCGUGGUGGCCAAAGGGGGUCUGAGUGAGGACAGCCUUCAGGCUGAGUUCAGGAAAGUCCAGGGGAGACUCAAGAGUGCCUACAACAUCAUCAACCUCCUCAAAGAGCAGCUGGUCCUGAGAAGCUCGGAAGGGAACACUAAGGAGAUGCCAGAGUUCCUCGUGCGCCUGGCCAGGGAGGUGGACAGAAUGAACAUGGGCUUGCCUUCCUCGGAGAAGCAUCAACACCAAGAACAGGAGAAUAUGACCGCAAGGCCUGGCCCCAGGCCCCAGAGUCUCAAGCUUGGGACAGCUCUCUCAGUAGACGGCUACCAACUGGAGAACAAGUCCCAGGCCCAAGACUCUGGACAUCAGCCACAAUUUAGCCUACCAGGGUCCACCAAACACCUGCGCUCCCAGCUGGCUCAGUGUAGACAACGGUACCAAGAUCUCCAGGAGAAGCUGCUCAUCUCAGAAGCCACUGUGUUUGCCCAGGCAAACCAGCUAGAGAAGUACAGAGCCAUAUUAAGUGAAUCCCUGGUGAAGCAGGACAGCAAGCAGAUCCAGGUGGACCUUCAGGACCUGGGCUAUGAGACUUGUGGCCGAAGUGAGAAUGAAGCUGAACGUGAGGAGACCACCAGCCCUGAGUGUGAGGAGCACGGUAACCUGAGGCCUGUGGUGCUGGUGGAGGGCUUGUGCUCUGAGCAGGGGUACCUGGACCCUGUCUUGGUCAGCUCACCUGUGAAGAAGCCCUUGGAGAACAAGCCAGGGAAGCGAGAGGAGUUCCAGGCACAAGGAACUUCAGACGACAGCUCUCUCCUGAGGAAGGACAUCCGAGAUCUGAAAGCCCAGCUACAGAAUGCCUACAAGGUCAUUCAGAACCUGAGGAGCCGGGUCCGGUCCCUGUCUGCCACAAGCGAUUACUCAUCGAGUCUGGAGAGACCCCGCAAGCUGAGAGCCGUGGCAACCCUUGAGGGGGCCUCACCCCACAGUGUCACUGAUGAAGACGAGGGCUGGUUGUCAGAUGGCACCGGGGCUUUUUACCCUCCAGGGCUCCAGGCCAAAAAGAAUCUAGAGAAUCUCAUCCAGAGAGUAUCCCAGCUGGAGGCCCAGCUCCCCAAAACUGGACUAGAGGGGAAGCUGGCUGAGGAGCUGAGGUCCGCCUCGUGGCCUGGAAAAUACGAUUCUUUGAUUCAGGAUCAGGCCCGAGAACUGUCAUAUCUGCGUCAGAAAAUACGAGAAGGGAGAGGGAUUUGUUAUCUUCUCACCCAACAUUCGAAAGAUACAGUCAAAUCUUUUGAGGACCUCCUGAGGAGCAACGACAUUGACUACUACCUGGGCCAGAGCUUCCGGGAGCAACUAGCUCAAGGCGGUCAGCUGACAGACAGGCUGACCAGCAAACUCAGCACAAAGGAUCAUAAGAGUGAAAAAGAAGAAGCUGGGCUUGAGCCACUGGCCCUCAGGCUCAGCAGGGAACUACAGGAGAAAGAGAAAGUGAUUGAAGUCCUGCAGGCCAAGCUGGAUACCCGGUCUCUCUCACCCCCCAGCAGCCAUGCUGCGUCUGACUCCCACCGCUCUGCCAGCAGCACAUCCUUCCUGUCGGAUGACAUAGAAGCCUGCUCUGACAUGGACGUAGCCAGCGAGUACACACACUAUGAAGAGAAGAAGCCCUCACCCAGUAACUCAGACUCCAUCCAUCAUUCAAGUCAUUCUACUGUCUUGUCUUCUAACCCAUCAGCAGCCAGUGCAUCUCAGGGGCUUAAGGGCGAGCCCAGAAGCAGCUCCAUCAGCUUGCCAACUCCCCAGAACCCCCCUAAGGAGGCCAGCCAGGCCCAGCCAGGCUUUCACUUUAACUCCAUACCCAAGCCGGCUAGCCUUUCCCAGGCACCAAUGCACUUCACUGUACCCAGCUUCAUGCCUUUCGGCCCCUCUGGGCCUCCCCUUCUUGGUUGCUGUGAGACACCAGUGGUGUCCUUGGCUGAGGCUCAACAAGAGCUGCAGAUGCUGCAGAAGCAGCUGGGAGAAAGUGUUAGCAUUGCCCCUCCCACCUCCACAUCCACGUUGCUUAGCAACCACACAGAAGCUAGCUCUCCCCGCUACAGCAACCCUGCUCAGCCCCACUCCCCAGCAAGGGGCACCAUAGAGCUGGGCAGAAUCCUGGAGCCUGGAUACCUGGGCAGCGGCCAGUGGGACAUGAUGAGGCCUCAGAAAGGGAGCAUCUCUGGGGAGCUGUCCUCAGGCUCCUCGAUGUACCAGCUUAACUCCAAACCCACAGGGGCCGACCUGUUGGAAGAGCAUUUAGGUGAGAUCCGGAACCUGCGCCAGCGCCUGGAGGAGUCCAUAUGUGUCAAUGACAGGCUACGGGAGCAGCUGCAGCAUAGGCUCAGCUCCACGGCCCGAGAAAAUGGUUCCACCUCUCACUUCUACAGUCAGGGCCUGGAGUCCAUGCCUCAGCUCUACAAUGAGAACAGAGCCCUCAGGGAAGAAAACCAAAGCCUGCAGACACGGCUCAGUCAUGCUUCCAGGGGACACUCCCAGGAAGUGGACCACCUGAGGGAGGCUCUGCUUUCCUCAAGUUCCCAGCUCCAGGAGCUGGAGAAGGAGCUGGAGCAGCAGAAGGCUGAGCGGCGGCAGCUUCUGGAAGACUUGCAGGAGAAGCAGGAUGAGAUCGUGCAUUUCCGAGAGGAGAGGCUGUCCCUCCAGGAAAACAACUCCAGGCUGCAGCACAAGCUGGCCCUCCUGCAACAACAGUGUGAGGAGAAACAGCAGCUCUCCCUGUCCCUGCAGUCAGAGCUCCAGAUCUACGAGUCCCUCUACGAAAAUCCUAAGAAGGGCUUGAAAGCCUUCAGCCUAGAUUCCUGUUACCAAGUCCCGGGUGAGUUGAGCUGCCUGGUGGCAGAGAUUCGAGCUCUGAGAGUGCAGUUGGAGCAGAGCAUUCAAGUGAACAACCGUCUGCGGCUGCAGCUGGAACAGCAGAUGGAUCACGGUGCUGGCAAAGCCAGUCUCAGUUCCUGCCCUGUUAACCAGAGCUUCUCAGCCAAGGCGGAGCUGGCAAACCAGCAGCCACCCUUCCAAGGUUCAGCUGCUUCCCCUCCAGUCCGGGACGUUGGCUUGAAUUCUCCAGCCGUGGUCCUCCCCAGCAAUUCGUGCUCUGUUCCUGGCUCAGACUCUGCCAUCAUCAGUAGGACAAACAAUGGUUCGGAUGAGUCUGCAGCAACGAAGACCCCUCCCAAGAUGGAGGUCGAUGCUGCUGAUGGCCCAUUUGCCAGUGGACACGGCAGACACGUCAUCGGCCAUGUGGAUGACUACGACACCCUACAGCAGCAGAUUGGGGAAGGGAAGCUGCUGAUCCAAAAGAUACUGUCUCUCACGAGGCCAGCACGCAGCGUCCCUGCACUGGACGCGCAGGGCACAGAGGCACCAGGUACCAAAAGUGUCCAUGAGCUUCGGAGCAGCGCCAGGGCUCUGAACCACAGCCUAGAAGAGUCAGCUUCCCUCCUCACCAUGUUCUGGAGAGCAGCUUUGCCAAACUCUCAUGGUUCUGUACUGGUAGGCGAAGAGGGAAAACUGAUGGAGAAAGAACUCCUAGACCUGCGAGCCCAAGUGUCCCAACAGCAACAGCUCCUUCAGAGCACUGCUGUGCGUCUGAAGACGGCCAACCAGAGGAAGAAAAGCAUGGAGCAGUUCAUCGUGAGCCAUCUGACCAGGACCCAUGAUGUCUUGAAGAAAGCACGGACUAAUUUAGAGCACAACACUUACAAGAUUGCCUCUGUGCAGCCAUAUUCCUGUCCCAGCCAAGAUGAAAUCCUUCAGGGCCCUGAUGUGCACUCCAGCCUUGUGACCCUUGCCUUCCAGGAGCCACAUAAAAGGCGAAGCCAGGAGUCCUUAAAACAGCAGGAAGGGUGGGCCUGCCCGCCCCUAGUACAGCUGCCUGUCUGCUGAGGAAUACCUGGUCCGACUCCUCCCCUGCUGGAGCUCCACGGAAGGGCUCAGAGAUGUGUCCACAUGGGACAGGCAGGAAGGAAAGUGGCAUCCUGACAAUGAAUAUGAUUAGCCAAGGCCCACUGGGCCCAGCACUAAGCAAAACUCAUGUAGACUGUGUAGAAGGCCCCCCGGCACUGCUUCUAGACAGCCUCAGCAGCACGGUGCCCACCUCGUUACAGUUCUCACCUCAGUAUCUGUCCUCAAGAUAGCCAACUCAGGGGAACUAGGACCUUACCACCCACAAACAGGAUGUAUGGUCCCAAUGCCAACGCUCCUCAGACAGUUGUAAAAGCACACAUCAUUGAGUGGCAGCGUCCAGCCGGACACUGUUGGAGACUACCAAACCCCUCACUGACCCAGUCUUGGGCCAGGCCAGCUCUGUGGGCCAAGUCUGGUAGUACUUUGGUCUCUACCACCACACCAGAGAGAGUCUAUAUAGCAAAUGUGGUAACUUGUAGGUGCCCUGCACUUAGCCUAGCACCUUCUGUUUCUUACGUGAUCUCAAGUUGAACCAACUUCCUUAACUCUGCUGUCCCCUGUAAUCCUAACUUCCCUCAGGGGAAUUGGAGACUGGUGGCCACAUCAUGCCUAUUGAAUGUCUAGUGAACAGCAUAUCGGUGCCUCUUAAUGGCAUGGGCAAGGCCUGCUCUGUACUGAAGACUGUGUCUUCACAGUGCUCAUAGGACGUGGGUGUGUGUAUAAAUGUAUAAUAUAGAUUUAUAUAUGUCGCUAUGGCUAUGUGUUGAAGGCCAGCAUAAUGUGCAGAGCGAUGGGUGAGAAGACGCUAAGCAGUCUUUCUUAUGGCUAUUAAAGCUAACUGUGUAUAAAGAAA